AUGCAGUUAGUGAACUUCAGGGCAGAAAGCAUGCUGCGCUGCUCCACCAAAACUGUCGUAUCUCUGCUAAGAUAUGCGGAGAAAAUAUUAACCGUUUUACACGAGAUAUUUCAAAAAUAUUUUAGAGCAUUUGUAGAAAAGAAUGUUUUUAAGAGUUUUAAAGCACUUACAGUGCUGAAACACUGUGGAUUACUUUUUGAUCUUUCCGACUUAAGGUGUAAAAGAUUUUCUUCCCGGAAGUAUACUACCGAGACAACUAGUCGGAUACUUCACAACACAACUUCGAGAGAAGGAUUGUCCUUUUAG